AUGUUUUCAUCCAAAAGAUCCGCAUUUCUCUUCUUCCUCGCCUUGAUCUUGGCAGUUGCUUUCACCUUCGAUUCUAUUUUAAUUUCUGUAUCCGCCAGUCCUAUCAAAAAGCGUGAUGAUGGGGUGAAUUCAGAUGGAUUAUGUUACGGCACAUUUACCGGGGAGGGUACUUUCUAUGAAAUCGGUAUGGGCGCUUGCGGUCAACAAAAUACCGAUCAAGAUUUAGUAGCCGCCCUUCCAGUGUCCAUGUUCGGAAAUUCGCCUAAUAAUAAUCCCAAUUUAAACAAAAAUUGCUUCAGAAAUGCCACCGUCAGCCAUAAUGGAAAAUCAGUCACGGUCACGAUCGUAGACAUUUGUCAAGGCUGCAAAUCUGGUGACCUUGAUCUGAGUCCGGCUGCCUUCUGUAAACUUGCUGAUCCAAGCGAGGGUCGAAUUCCAAUAACAUACGUGUUAAAUUAG